AUGACUCUGUUAUGGAUCACAUUGUUACUUCUUCAUCAAGUGUAUACUUUGGUUCCAGUCGUCACAGUUGAACUUGGUCAAUCUGUGAUCCUGACAUGUGCUUUUGGUAGAAAAUAUCAGAGCAACACAUGGCUUUACUGGUACAAGCAGAGUGCUGGAGAUACUCUGAAGUUAAUCGGGAUGCUGCAGAGAAGCAUAAGCCCCAACUAUGGACCCUAUUUCUCCGAUUCAAGAUUCAGUAUAACAUACGUUGGGGAUAGCAGCAAUCUUACAAUUUUAACAACAGCUCAAAACGAUGAGGGAAUGUAUCACUGUGCUGAAUUGGACACAAUGGAAUCUAUGUGGAGUGGAACUUAUUUAUCAAUAAAAGGAAACUCUAAGAGUACAUCGACCUACACUGUUGUUCAGCAGCCGACAGUCUCACAGACCCUGCAGUGUUCACUCCUCUCUGACUCUGAGAACACAACCUGUUCAGGAGAUCCCAGUGUGUUCUGGUUCAGGGCCAGAUCAGAUAAAUCUUAUCCAGAUGUUAUCUACACUGAGGGGGAAAAGGCUGAAAAUAGUGAGAAGAGAUCUGAUUCUCAGAAGAGAUGUAUUUAUAACUUCUCUAAGAACGUCAGCUCCUCUUAUGCUGGGACUUACUACUGUGCUGUGGCCACAUGUGGACAGAUACUAUUUGGAAAGGAAAGGGACCCUCAAAUCGAUAAAACAAAUGAAAUCAAUGUGCUUGUGGUCACAGUAAUCUGUUUGGUCAUUUCUGUAAUUGGUAACAUUGUCUUCAUCUGCUUUCGAACACAAAGAUCUGCAUGUGAACGAUUGAAAGAAAGCUCUUCUUCACAGAGAAGACGCAACUUUAGCCAAAAAGAAAACGAUACUAAAGGUAGACCUGAUCUGAACUACGCUGCAUUACAUUUCUCAGAUGGAAGAACAUCAACAUCAAAAGAGAAGAGAGAGUUGAUGACUGAAUGUGUGUAUUCACCAGUUAAAGGAUCAGUGUGAAUAUAUUUGUGUCAACUUGUACUUAAACUCUAAUUUUGAGAUUUUAGUGCAUAAUGUUACUGACACACAAUUAAAAGUUGUGGAGUUAAUUAAAACUUGGAAUAAAAGGCAGAUGUGUAAAAAAAGGAGUGCAUUUCAAUAUUUUAUUACAAGUUUGCCUUCAUAUAAUAGUAUUCUUGAAAAAUAAACCUUUUUGCUUCUUGUAUGAAUGUGGAGUACAUUACAUAAACAAGUUGAAAAUAAAAACAGCCCUAUGUAUAUGGAUCUUUCUGAUUUUCCAUUCUAAAUUUAAAUAACUGAGACCUUUCUGUAUUGUUGAACAGAUUGUAUAUUUUUGAGUAAAACAGGUUUGUCAGUCCUUUGAACUAAAAAUAGAACAAAUCAACCCCUCCAUCUAAAUAACAUGCAACAAUUACUUUGUGAACUUUUAAAAAUCAAGGAAGAAUCUCAUCGUUUCUAAACCACAACAACCAUCUGCCACUUCCAAUUAGCAUCAUACCUCCGUGCUACAUUUUAUUACAUGAUAAUGUUCUUGUUUGGCUGUCAAGUUUAACUUUGCUAAUUUGUUUUAUGAAAAUUAAAAAUGUAGCAAAAGACAAAAGUUUCUAAGUUUAUCCUACAAACAUUUU